AUGGGUCUGGAGUCUGGAAUCCGCCACAUCGUCUCGGAAAUGAAGUUUCAUCUGCUGCUGGUCUGCGUCGCCAUAUCCCUGGGACCACUGCCCCAGUCGGAGGCAGGGGUGACGGAGGAGCAGAUGUGGGCCGCCGGAAAGCUAAUGCGCGACGUCUGCCUGCCCAAGUAUCCCAAGGUCAGCGUGGAGGUGGCCGACAACAUCCGCAACGGGGCUAUACCCAAUAGCAAGGACUCCAACUGCUACAUCAAUUGCAUCCUGGAGAUGAUGCAGGCAAUCAAGAAGGGAAAGUUCCAGCUGGAGCCGACCCUCAAGCAGAUGGACAUCAUGCUGCCGGACAGCUACAAGGACGAGUACCGCAAGGGCAUCCACCUGUGCAAGGACUCCACCGUCGGCCUGAAGAACGCCCCCAACUGCGAUCCCGCCCACGCCCUGCUCAGCUGCCUGAAGAACAACAUCAAGGUGUUCGUGUUUCCCUAG